AUCAAGAGUUGAGAGAUUGUUUCCAUGAUUAAUAAUGGAAGUAGUGUUUCUUAAAAGAGCUGAUUAAACCUAUAAAUAAAAAUUAAAUUGUCAAAAUAUUAUCAUUCAAUCAAGAUCGUUUGUGAAUAGAAAAUCUUGGAAUUAUGAGAUUCUUCGUUAUAGGAUUUGCUUUGCUGGCUCUAGCUUCAGCUGGAGUUGUGCCAACUGAUUAUCUUCCACCACUGCAAGAGAUAGCUGCACCAACUGUGGAAUACUUGCCACCAGGUGAAGCUGCUAUUCCGCAGGAGCAAACAAUUUUGGCUGAUGAUGGAUACCGUUACAAGACUGUUAAGAAAUUCCGUCUCAGACAUCGUCGGGAUGUGAACGAAAUUGCCAACGAAUACUUGCCCCCAGUUGAGGAACAAGCUGUCGUUGAAGUUGCAGCCCCAGUUGCCGAAGUUGCCUCAGCACCAGAAUCUGCUGUUCUUGCUGAUGAUGGAUACCAAUACAGAACCGUGAAGAGGUACCGUUUGAGGCGUCGUCGUGAUGUCAACGAAAUCGCCAACGAAUACUUGCCCCCAGUUGAGGAAUCCGCUGAAAAUGCUGCUCCAGUUGUCGAAGUUGCUCCAGCACCAGAAUCCGCUGUUCUCGCCGAUGACGGAUACCGUUACAGAACCGUAAAGAGGUACCGUUUGAGACGUCGUCGUGAUGUCAACGAAAUCGCCAACGAAUACUUGCCCCCAGUUGAGGAAUCCGUUGAAGUUGCUGCUCCAGUUGUCGAAGUUGCCCCAGCACCAGAAUCUGCUGUUCUUGCUGAUGAUGGAUACCAAUACAGAACCGUGAAGAGGUACCGUUUGAGGCGUCGUCGUGAUGUCAACGAAAUCGCCAAUGAAUACUUGCCCCCAGUUGAAGAAUCCGUUGAAGUUGCCGCUCCAAUUGCUGAAAUUGCCCCAGCAUUAGAAUCCGCUGUUCUCGCUGAUGAUGGAUACCGUUACAGAACCGUGAAGAGGUACCGUUUGAGGCGUCGUCGUGAUGUUAGCGAAAUCGUCAACGAAUACUUGCCCCCAGUUGAAGGACAAGAAGUAGUUGAAGCUCCAGAAUCAGCUGUUUUAGCUGAUGAUGGUUAUAGAUACAAAACCGUCAGGAAACUCAGAUACCGUUACCAUCAGUAUAAAUACUCAACCGAUUUUGUUCAAGAGUAUCAUUCGCUUAUCAUCGUCUUUUGGAUACACAAUUUUACAACUAUGAAAUUCUUCGUAGUAGGAUUUGCUGUGCUAGCCUUAGCAGCAGCAGGAGCACUCCCCAAUGAAUAUUUGCCGCCGCUACAAGAGAUAGCCGCACCAACUGCUGAGUACUUGCCACCAGCUGAAGCAAUAAUUGCUGACGAACCAACAAUUUUGGCUGAUGAUGGAUACCGUUACAAGACUGUUAAGAGAUUCCGUCUGAGACAUCGUCGUGAUGUGAACGAAAUUGCCAACGAAUACUUGCCCCCAGUUGAGGAACAAGCUGCCGUCGAAGUUGCCGCCCCAGUUGCCGAAGUUGCCCCAGUACCAGAAUCAUCCGUUCUUGCUGAUGAUGGAUACCAAUACAGGACCGUGAAGAGAUACCGCUUGAGGCGUCGUCGUGAUGUCAACGAAAUUGCCAACGAAUACUUGCCCCCAGUUGAAGAAGCUGUCGAAGUUGCUGCUCCAGUUGCCGAAGUUGCUCCAGCACCAGAAUCCGCUGUUCUUGCUGAUGAUGGAUACCAAUACAGAACCGUGAAGAGGUACCGUUUGAGGCGUCGUCGUGAUGUCAACGAAAUCGCAAACGAAUACUUGCCCCCAGUUGAGGAACAAGCUGCCGUCGAAGUUGCCGCCCCAGUUGCCGAAGUUGCCCCAGCACCAGAAUCCGCUGUUCUUGCUGAUGAUGGAUACCAAUACAGAACCGUGAAGAGGUACCGUUUGAGGCGUCGUCGUGAUGUCAACGAAAUUGCCAACGAAUACUUGCCCCCAGUUGAAGAAGCUGUCGAAGUUGCUGCUCCAGUUGCCGAAGUUGCUCCAGCACCAGAAUCCGCUGUUCUUGCUGAUGAUGGAUACCAAUACAGAACCGUGAAGAGGUACCGUUUGAGGCGUCGUCGUGAUGUUAACGAAAUCGCCAACGAAUACUUGCCCCCAGUUGAAGAAGCUGUCGAAGUUGCCGCUCCAGUUGCCGAAGUUGCCCCAGCACCAGAAUCCGCUGUUCUUGCUGAUGAUGGAUACCAAUACAGAACCGUGAAGAGGUACCGUUUGAGACGUCGUCGUGACGUCAACGAAAUCGCUAACGAAUACUUGCCCCCAGUCGAAGAAGCUGUCGAAGUUGCUGCUCCAGUUGCUGAAGUUGCCCCAGCACCAGAAUCUGCUAUUCUUGCUGAUGAUGGAUACCAAUACAGAACCGUGAAGAGGUACCGUUUGAGACGUCGUCGUGAUGUCAGUGAAAUCGCCAACGAAUACUUGCCCCCUGUAGUUGAAGAAGCUGUCGAAGUUGCCGCCCCAGCUGCUGAAGUUGCCGCAGCACCAGAAUCAGCGGUUCUUGCUGAUGAUGGAUACAGGUACAAGACUAUCCGUAAACUCAGAUACAGGUAUCGUCAUUAAACAAACAAGUUGAAACACAAAUUUAAUGCCCGAAACAUGAAAAUACACUUAAUUUAAUCUACAUAAA